AUGGCAGCCUCACUCGCGCCAGACUUCCGCUCCCUCAGCCGCCAAGCACCCACCGACCCCGACAUCCAGGCCACCCUCUCCGACUUCCUCACCUACACCGAGCACUUCCCCUCGCAAUUCACGCGCGCGCUCGCUCUGAUUGCAAGCCAGCGCGAGCAUGCCGAACGCAAGAUUGGCAAAGUGCACGAGUAUGCCACGCAAUACAGCAUCUUGCCGUCGAUUGAAAACGGUAAGCCAGACCCCGUGCAGCUGCGGAGAGACAUCAGCUAUGCCCUGGAGGAAGCGGAGCGGGCGUGCAGGAUGGCGGUGGAGGAGGCGGGCAGGCUGGAUGAUACGUGCGAGCGGGAGAGCAGGAGGUUGGAUGUGGUGAUUGAGAGGUUGAAGGCACAGCCUAUGCCGCCUUCGCGAGACCCUACGCCCGAGCAGUCUGCACUCACCUCACCCAACUUGAAGCGAGAGCGUCGCAUGAGCACACGGGGAGAUGACAUCAAGCCAGAAUCGAGGAAGCUUCAGGACAAGGCAGCUACCAAACUCCGCGGGCGCAAGGUCAUGGUUCCGGGUGAGGUACUUCCUCCGCCUGAUCCAAACGCACCGGCGGAGAGUAUAUCCGACUGGACCUCGCCACGGCAUUCACCGCCUCUGGAAGAGCCACCAUUGCUCGACAAGAAGGCUACUCCACGCCCACGAUCACGCACUCCCAAAGUUCCCAAGUCGUCUGAAAAGGACCGAAAGACACCGAAGCCGAGAGGACCGCGGGCACCUGGCCAACCGGGCACAAAUGCUCACUCCGCCGUCGCCGGUAUCAGCACGUCCAACGCCCUCCUUGCCCUCACGCAACCUCCCGAUGAUGCACCCAAAGGCAGCAAAUGGCUCCCGUGGAUGAAGCUGACGGAGUGGGAAAUGGCGAAGCUGCGAAAGAGGAUGAAGAAGAAUGCCAUCUGGGUACCUUCGCAGACUAUGGUCAGGCGAGAGCUGAAGAACCUCGGGCGUGGAGUUGCUGGGAGAGAGGCAGCUAGGAAGAGUGAAGAAGAAGGCGGGCCGGCAUUUGUGGAUGAGCACGAGCCCGAUCCUACCAAGGUCCUCAUUUCUGGAGAAGAAAGCGCACAAAUAAAUGCUAUCCUGGGCAACGAUCAAUUGUACAUGGACGAUGGAGGCGAUGAUGCCGAUCAGGAGCUCAUCAACCGUGGAAUGAGGCUGAACGAGGCGAAGAAGUUGAAGAGACAACGCAUGCUGGAGGACCAGCGCUUGCAAGAGGAGCAAGAGCUGAAGGCGCAAAUCGCACGCGAGCAGGGGAUUGAGGUGGCUGAGGGGAAAGUUGGCAACAAGGAUGGCAAGAAACGCAAACGAGAGAGCACUCCCUUGACCACGGGCACCGCCAUGGCAGCAGAAACACCCGACCCUCUCACCAAAGCCGGGCCAGCACCCAAACGACUCAAACUGAACGCGUCGAAAGUGCCGCUCGCACCUCCCGGCGCCUCCGCAUCCUCACCAACAAAGCCUUCCUCAUCUCGCAACCGCCGCGUAACAACGCCACCGAUAUCGAAAAGUCGACCAACCCUCGUCCUCAAAGCAAGCAAAGCCGUGUCAGAGGAGCCGCCCAACCGGCGAGCAGCGCUGAGAAGAGCCAGCAUUGCCAGCCUCCCGAAUGGCAAUCUGACCUCACCUCGCAUCGCAACCGCGAACAAAAGUGGGCGACGAAAUCGCCGACCUGCGCCGGGCAUCCUCACCACCGCCGACGCGGAGAGCGCCAAAGUCGGCGUCUCGAAGCGCAAAGCCGCCCCGCACAAGAAGGGCUCUACAGCAGUUUCGAAAGCAGCAACAGCAGCGAAUACUCUGCUCCCCGAGCCGGUUACAGAGGAGUACAUUGACCCCGACGAGCCGCGCUACUGUAUUUGCGGCGAUGUGUCGUGGGGCACGAUGAUUGCGUGUGACAACGAGGAGAAUUGCGAGAAGGAGUGGUUUCAUCUGAGCUGUGUGGGACUGCAGGAUCUGCCGCCUCGACGCACGAAGUGGUAUUGUCCGGAUUGCAGGAAGAGGCUGAAGAAGGGCGUGGAGAGUAAUGGGUUGGUCGGCCGGCCUUCGGGGAGGUGA